AGAGACUAAAUGCCUUUGCUCCAACAUAUCGCUUAGCAACUUGGGAUUUUUAAACUCUGGGGUAGAUGGCAAGGAAGAGGGAUUCUAGAGAACCUGCUCAGAGAAACUGGGGGUUGAGCAAAUACUCUUCCUCUCUCUUGCCGAACCUUCCACCCCCACAUUCUGCUCUCAUUAUGCAAACAGUGCUGCUCCAUAGACAGCUACGUUUGCAUAUCUCCUGGCAGUAGUGUUUUUGCAGAAUGAGAGUGCUUGGACAGGGAUGAGUGGUUAAGGAACAAUAAAAGGAAAAGGAGGUGUAUGGGUGAGUGGGAGCAAGAGGGAGCUGCCUAAAAGCUUGCCUUUCAUCAUGAGUUCCGAGUUAAAUGUCCCCGUGGAUCCUCCCGCAUCCACUUGUUGCACUGAGCCGGCCGCUAAGGGCAUGGACUACCGAGACUGGGUGCGUCGCAGUUACCUCGAGCUGGUCACAUCCAACCAUCAUUCCGUCCAGGCCCUUUCAUGGCGGAAAUUGUACCUGAGCCGAGCCAAGUUGAAAGCUUCCAGCCGGACUUCUGCGUUACUCUCUGGAUUUGCUAUGGUGGCGAUGGUGGAGGUCCAGCUGGAGAUGCAGUACCAGUACCCCCCGAUGUUGCUGAUUGCCUUCAGUGCCUGCACUACCAUCCUUGUGGCUGUCCACCUCUUCGCCCUGCUCAUCAGCACUUGCAUCCUCCCCAACGUGGAAGCCGUGAGCAACAUCCACAACCUGAACUCCAUCAGCGAGUCCCCCCACGAGCGCAUGCACCCCUACAUUGAGCUGGCCUGGGGCUUUUCCACUGUCCUGGGCAUCCUCCUCUUCCUCGCCGAGGUCGUCCUCCUGUGCUGGAUCAAGUUCCUGCCCGUGGACUCGGUGCUGAGAAACGGCACCGCCAUCGUCCAGAAGACCAGCCAGCACACAGGGUGGCAGGCAGCCCUCAUCUCCACCAUCAUCAUGGUCCCGGUGGGGAUCAUCUUUGUCGUCUUCACCAUCCAUUUCUACCGCUCCCUCGUCCGCCACAAAACCGAGCGCCACAACCGGGAGAUUGAAGAGCUCCACAAACUGAAAGUGCAGCUGGAUGGGCACGACCGGGGGCUGCAGGUUGUGUGAUGGCCAGCGGGUGCCUUUCUGUUUGCAGCUCUGAGGAUUUUCGUAACAGGAAUUAACCCCCAGGUGCCUAACGUUCUCAGAUGCCAAAAUGUUCCCCGGUGGAGGCAGGUCUGGGCGGCCAGCUCUUCGAAUCUGUGGGUGAUGUUACUGUGUCGUUAAAACUGAACCCUUUACCUACAUCUAUGCAGUUGUUUGAAGAUGGGCUUGUCCUUUAGCUUUCCACAUUUUUAGGUGGGUGGGGAGACAGAUUAAGCAAUUUUUAAAAAUAUGCAUCAGUUUUAGCAAAGGGGGGUUGUGUUUUUCUGCAGGGGCUUCUAUGCAGAGUGAGGAAAGGGGUGUGAUGCUCUCACCGGCAAUUGAUUUACAAACUUCGCUUCUGGAGAGGAGUUUGUAAAUCACAGUAUGUGAACAUCUGUGGAAUCUGUCCACAGUGACUUUUUUUACACUGGGGGGGGGCGGGGCGGGGACUAUUUCUGGAAUUGUGAAAAGACCAGAAACUGGGGUGGGCGGUGGAUGCUUUCAGAGAUGAGGAAUUUUUCCUCUGUCCAGUUCAAGUAGCUUCUAUAGGGUGGAGAGAGUUCCCAUUGAGAAAGCGGCUAGCGAGGGCUCCAUUGCCUCUGUGGAAGGGCUGGAGGUUAUCUGUCUUUCAACACAAAAACCAGGUCACAAAGAACAGAAGGGCUUUAAAGAGCACCAUGUAGUAUUUUACACAAGUAGAAAUGCAGGUGUGAAUGCGUAACCAAAGUUUGUCGUUGUGUGUAUAUAAAAGGCUGUAGCCUGAAAAUCUCUCUCCUAGCACAACCCCCAAUGCUCUUUAGAAUGGGCACAGUGUCCACUUGUACAUUGCACAAGUUUUGUACAUUGCACAAGUUUUGAAAACUGACACAGAGCAGAGCUGGUCGGCCGGUACCCCUAAGCCCAAACAGCCGUCAUCAGCUGCUGUUCGAGCAGUUUUUCGUGUUUGUGUGUGCCCAAAGCUAUAUCAGUGAUGUAAAAACAGGAAGAAGAAUCAUAUCAUGGGGGUAGGACAUAGGGAGGGAUGGGGCCUCUUCUUCCUGGAAGCAUUCUGUUCCCUGAAGAGCUGGCUGCUUUGACACUUAAACAGCAUUUAUACAGGAUGCCACCCACCACCACCGCCGGCCACCAAUGUUUGGAGUGUGUUUGGCUAACUGAAAUCAAAAAUUGAGGGGCCAUCCAGACUUCUUUCUCGUGCAACAACAUGAUCAACAAUUGAUUUGUGAUGAAGUAGCCCUGUUGAGCUGGGAUCAACAUUUAAGCAAACCCGCAUAGCAUCUGCCAGCUGCUUGAGCCGUUGUGUCCUGUUUCACGGAGGCUUACGACAUCCCCGGCGUUUCUGUAUUGCAACAACAGGAUAACUGUAUGGUACGUGAGAAGUUUGCGGUCAUUGGGAACUGCACCUUGAAAAGAGAAAAAAGUGCUCUUUUGUAUGCGUAACAGUCUUGUUCUGAAAGAAAAUACAGCACCUUGGACCUUAUUUGCUGUACAAACACUGUUGCCAAAAUGUUUAAGUUAAUCUGUAUAUUGGUAGUAUGUCCUUAACGGCUAUACCUCAUUCCUUCUUUUUCAUGCUUGGCUGCCUGCGGGACACACUAAUCAUAUUAUAACUAAUAAGUAUAUUGUAUUUACAUUUACAUCUCCUCACUCCUCCCCCACCACGUGUAAAUUGUGAAAUCUGCCUAAACUGCCAGUUAUUAAAUACUUCUAAGCAAUCUUUGA